GGGCUAUGUGUAAUUCCCUUGAAACUGGUUACCCAAUUUGCUCAAAAUCGCACUAUUUGUUCUUCAUCUUCAGUUUGGGAGGAAUCCAGGGUGAUUGAACACGAUGAACGCGCCGGACCGUUACGAGCGAUUUGUUGUUCCCGAGGGGACCAAGAAGGUUUCAUAUGAACGAGACACGAAGAUCAUAAAUGCAGCCUCGUUCACGAUCGAGCGAGAGGACCACACAAUCGGCAACAUCCUUCGCAUGCAAUUGCACAGGGAUGAUAAUGUGCUCUUUGCUGGCUACAAGCUUCCUCACCCUCUUCAGUACAAAAUCAUUGUUAGGAUUCAUACAACUAGCCAGUCUUCACCGAUGCAGGCAUAUAAUCAAGCUAUCAAUGAUCUGGACAAGGAACUUGAUUAUCUGAAGAAUGCUUUGGAGACUGAGCUAGCAGAGCAUUCCAGGAGCUACUGACCUGCAAAUGCAGGGGCAAUGCUUAUGUUGGCAGUAAAAUUUGGGCAGAUGACAGUGCAGUGGUGCUUGCGCGCGCGUGAGUUUAUGACCCUAUUGGUGCUGCAGUGAACUCGUAGGAUUUUCGGACCAUCCUUUUUUGGGUUGGCAACUGUAAAUUCAUAUGUUAGUGCUUUAUUUACCAGCUUAUAUGAAGCUCCUGCAUCCUUACUUUGCUGAACAUCGAACUCUGUCGAGUUGAGGUAAAUUAGGGUAAACUGAAGAAUCAGAGAGAAUUUGGGUAACUCCCAAUUCCCUAAUGCAGAAUUUAUAUACAUGGCAAUGAGCAAGUGGGCAUUGUAUUUCA